GAUAUAAGCCCAGCAAACAGAGCACAGAUCUAACUUGACUUAAAGCUGGACACAGGUAACCAACAGUCAACCCUGGAUCAGAGCUGAAUCUUCUUCUUUUUUGGCCAAAGGGAUACAGCAUGUCCGAAAUGCUUGACAACAUCUUCGCAAAGAACUUCAUGAACCUGGCCCUGGAUGAAGCUUUGCUCACGAAACAGUCUCAACUGAAAGGCCCGGGGCAGAGUCGGCUGAACCGGUCAACCUCCUUCUUCUCCCCCCCCUCCCCUCCUGCCUCCUCGAGCCACAGCUUGAGCACUGAGCAUGUUAACAUUAACGACAAUGGCAGCCCUUUCUGGUCAUCCAAUAUCUGGAGCCAGGCCCCUGUCUCCAAACCAAAACAGCCUCCCUUCAGGCCCGACCGCUCCAUGAGCCUGACCGAGUCCAGCAUCAGCCUGCUCUCCUCCUUCGGACAGCUGAAGAACCUGGAUGCUUUCCCCCCUGCUACUACUGUGGCUCCACCGCCUGGCUUUCCUCCCUCAUCCACCCUCCCAGCCCAGGUUCCACCAGUGGUGGCUCCUAAUCGUUACAAGACGGAGCUGUGCCGUGGCUUCCAAGAGACUGGCAGCUGCAAAUAUGGCAGUAAGUGCCAGUUUGCCCAUGGAGAGGCAGAGCUGCGUGGACUGUUCCGCCACCCUAAAUACAAGACUGAGCCCUGCAGAACCUUCUACAACUUUGGCUACUGCCCCUACGGCUCACGCUGCCACUUCAUCCAUGAGGACAAAGUCAGCGGAGCUCCGUUACCACCUGCCAAAUUCCAGAAUCAGCAGCAACCAACCCCCGGUGGUCAGAAUCCACGCCACCAGCUGCGCCAAAGUGUCAGCUUUGCUGGGUUCCUAGGCUCCUCACGCAGCUCACCCCCUCCUCCAUCAUUCUCUUCCUCCUUCAACGAUCCCAACCUGGGGUUUAGCCGUGCUCCGUCCGUUUCCCCACCUCCCGCUGAUCUCCUCUCCCCAGUGUUUGGGGACUCCCUACAGCGGGAGUCAGCAGCAUUCCAGUUUGGCAACCUUCAGACCCGCGCCAGCACCGGAGACAUCCACAACAUUCCUCUCAUCCUGGAGCCAAAAGCCUCACGCUGUGUGUGUGGCCAUGGAAAUAACUUUAACAGCAACAACAGCAGAGUCUUUGCCAGCAUGGAGGACGGGCACCACCAAGACGACAGCAUGCUGUUUCCUGGUCCUGGAGGCCAUGGAGGAUUCACGAAGCCUGCUGUGCUCCAGCGUUUUUCUUCCGAGGACUCCCUGGAGGACAGCUACAGCAGCAGCAGCGGAGGUUCCAGUGGAACCGAGUCUCCAACAUUCGACUCGACCACCAAGAGGCUCACUGUGUUUGAACGCCUGUCUCUGUCCGACUAAACGGAUUCAAAGGGAAGGAGCAGAAGAGAACUGACACUUUGUUAACUGCGUUUGUUUAUCUGGACUUUCUUCAGAACCAGAACUGAUCAGGACAAGUCAACUUUUGACACAAUAACACUUAAUGUUCUUAAUUUAUGUUUGUAAAGUGGAACUCAUCUUGGAAAAUCUACACAUACUGAGAUGAUUUUAGUACCCAAAUGUUAUCAGACUCUAUUUUUAUACUUAAAAACAUUGUGUAGCCUAUUAGACUUUGUAUGUGGUCUUCCAUAAAAAUUAACCCUGCAGGUCUUGAUAGUACCAGUAAAUAGUCUGGUUUGUACUUAACAUAAAUCUAUAGUGAUCAAAAUGGCUUAUCUUUAGUGAUAAUCAUGAAUUCCUGCGCCUUAAAGAUUAUCCCUGCCUUAUAGGCUAUUUACUCUCGGUGCCACAAACAGUAUGUUUGAUUCAGUAGCCUUAAUCAGUGAGACCUGACAUGUGUCAUUGAUGCCAUUUUAUCUGUGAUAUGCACUUUACAGCUAAUCCAAAUGGGAGAAACUCUCAAGUCUCCCAGUAGCAUUCAACCAAAGCUUCAUACUUCACUCUGCUCUGUGUGUGUGUAAGUGUGUAUGUGUGUGCCUGUACUUGUGCGUGUGGGUGUACAUGUGUAACCGUUAUUUUCCUGAGACCUGGGGUGCAAGCAUGUGUAAGUUGCAGAAUGCUGAAAGAUCAAAGUGUGAUAAUGUAAAAAUGUAUGUCAGUUCAGAUGUGAGUAUCUGUACGCCGACGCAUAUUUAAUUAUGUAAAACCGUCUGUUAUCUCUGCUCGUGUGAAAACUGCACCCCAUCUUUUUAUUGUCCCGUUUGUUUGACAGCCUGGUUCAGGGACUUUAACACCACAGUAUUCCUUUUGGUUAUUGGUUGCCUUGUGUCGUUUAACUUAAACUAAUAUAUUUAUUAUGAUAUUUAUUUGUGUUUAAAGAAAAAAAAUGUAUUUUGUACUUUAUUUAUGGAGAAAUAUUUUAACGUCUGUGAAAUACCAAUGUGAGAAAAAGCAGUACAAAAGAGAAUCUUAUAUUUUUAAUUGCCUGAAAAGGGACAAAAUAAAUUGCUGAAUAAAGAAAUGAAUGUA